AUGCGACGAGUCAAAAAGUCCCGCAACGGCUGCUCCAGGUGCAAGAGUAAACGGGUCAAAUGCGGAGAGGAAAAGCCUCACUGCAACCGCUGUACUCGCCUGGGUGUUCGAUGCCCUGGCUAUAUCCAAUCUUUAAAAUGGGUCACCAAAUACGAAGAACCUAGCCCCGGCGCGUCGUCUGAUAGCAGCAGGGUACAGGGUCCAGCGACAUUCACGCAGCCACCUAACCAAUCUCCACAUGCCAUAGAAGAUGGGCAUUCACUAGACACAACCAGUGAUGGUCCAUCGCAUGGUCCAGAUCCCCCAGGAUUUGGAUUAGAGGAGCCCCAUGGAUUAUGUGAUAAUUUAUGGGAUCUUCCUGGCAGUGGCUCACUGCCAGAAUUGACCGAUCUGUGUCCAGCCUCUCCAAAUACGGUAUCGACGUCUGGGUUUUCUCAACAUCCAGACUUGAUGUAUGACUUUGCGUCCACUGGUGAUACAACUGCAGACUUGUCUCGCCUUCUAUCACUCAUUGGACCACCUCAUGGCGAGGAGGAGAGUGUCAGCAGUAUAUACCGAGACUUCUCUCCGUCCAGAAUUGUCCGAAGCUAUCCUCCCUCUUCACAGACAUCGCGAUCAACCCCGCGUGAUUUUAUGUCCAUCUCCCGUCCAUUGAACAACCCAUCAUGGACGCUCAUCGAAUACUACUUCAAAGAAGUUGCGGCUUUGUUUUCUAGCUACGACAGUCAGAUGAACCCAUUCCGUACCACCGUAUCCCGGCUAUGGGGCUCAUCACUUGCAAUGUGCCGAACGAUGCAGAGUAUGGCAGCAGCCACUCUAGUCAAUGACUUCCCACAAUUCGGGCCCAUGGGCCGCAAGAUGCGCGACGAGGCCGUUGAUAUCAUCACUCGCGAAGCAGUCAUGGAUGACAAAGCCCUCCUGGCACUUCUCAUGCUCGGACAGACUGCUAGCUGGCACGACCCGACAGAUCUAGGCAUCUCGUUCUUCAAUCUUCUCCGCAAGCAGCUCAACUCGAUUACGGCCUCAUCGAACAGCCCCAACCUGGGUUUCGUCAAGAGCAUCGGUAACAACUAUCGCUUCUUCGAAGAGUCCUUGAUCUAUUGGGAGAUGCUGCUCUCCUUCGUCACAGACAACGACUCCAUGGUCUUUUCUGACAGCCCACGCAGCCAAUCGACAGGCGAGUCCCUCGUCCUACAACGCGUGCCACAUCCCUGGACCGGCAUUGCCCGAGACACCCAGUUCACCGUCCACGAGGUCGGCCGACUAGUCCGCCGCGAGCGCAAACGCAUCCGAGCCCGCUCCUUCACCUCGCAAGACGAAAUCGCCCGCGCCCAGAAAGCCAUCGAGAAAGCGCGCGAGCUCGAAGAACGCCUGCUCGGACUCGCCCACCCCAGCGAAGCCGAGAUCGUCAGCCCCGGCGACGAUGACACCCCCGUCUGGCACCUCCUCACCAUGGCCGAGGUAUACCGCUGCACAGGGCUGCUGCAGCUCUACCGCGUCUUCCCCGACCUCCUCCACAACCGCCUACCAGACCCCGGAAGCGCCGCCCCGUUCCCUGGCCCAUCUGGCUCGCAACCGCGCGACCCCUUCUUCCCCAUCGACCUCGACAGCAUGGCCAUGCCAGGCAGCUUCGAGGAGCCCAACGCUCGUGCGGCUCCGGCCCCCGUCCCCGUCCUGUACGACACCUGGCUGACGGAGUUCGCCCUGACAACCCUCUCUCGCCUGCAAACCAUCCCGCUCGAGUCGCGCACCCGCUGUCUCCAGCCGUUCCUACUCGUCGCCUCCUGCAGCGAGCUGCGGCUGCCCCGGCCCGCUGCCGCCGCCACCGCCGCCGAUGACGACGACGAGCCAGGCCCCGACGCGCCGGGCAUCUCGAUGGGCGCGAUCGAGGUAUCGCGCAUGCGGCAGUUCAUCCUCGGCCGGCUCACCUCGUUCCUGCAUGUCCUGCCGCCGAAGCCGAUUAACGUGUGUCUGCAGCUGGUGCGGGAGGUGUGGCGGCGGAUGGACGCCGAGGAGGCGGAGACAUACUGGAUAGAUGUGAUGAUGGAGAAGGGUUGGGAGACGACGAUGGGGUGA